AGAAGGGGCAGUUGCAGUGGUUAACAACCCUCUGCCAGAGGGCAAGAAGGAAUCAUUUCACCUCAGUGGCAGGUAACAAACACCACUUAGCAGCAGGCUCCCUUCUUGCCCUUUUGCUUCCGCAUCCUGUCCUUAAAAUCUUUCACCACCCCCUUCCCUCGCGGUCAAAUUUGCGAUCCAUACUUGGGGAGGGCCAAGAAACCGAGCCGUCUCUCUCUCCAAUGCGCUCUGGCGCCAGGUGAAACUAGUGGCCAGCCCCUUGGAGUUGAAGGUUCAUGUGAUUCGGUGGUCAGAUCCUAUUCCUGCUAUCUACGCAUUCAAAUAGCCUCACGCCCUCGCCAGUUCAGCUUGCACUUCCAGCUUGCUCUAUUGCUCCCUCUCCUUCUGUGAGCUCUGGUGAUGCGGAAGUAUUUCUCCAAGCUUUCACAUUUGUUGUUCAUUCCAAGAUUAUGAAGAAAUUACAGGCUGAUCGAUAAUCCUCUGUGGAGGCAGCUUCAUCUUUUCUAUGUGCCCCUGAAGAUGAUAGUCCUGUGACUAUUACUCAUCCAAAAAGAUUUGGUUUGUUCCCAAAGGCUAUGGCUAUGUAUGAUGCACAUCUUCUCCAGCUGUAAUACAGUUCCAGCAGGCCUUUGUCUGGACGGUGGAUCGUUCUUUUGCCCUUCUUUUGAUCUGUCGAUAGGGAUAGUGGCUGUUCUUGAAGGGACUGGCUGCUUUUCAUCUCUGAUAGGAUUAUCAGUUGCAUGAUAUUAUUUUCCCUCAACCUCAAUCAAACCAGCUGAGGGGUAUGUAUAUGUGAAAUAAAAGGUGUUGCUGACUUGAUCAAUAUUUACUCUUGUGUACAAGGCACCCUUUAUAUAUGUCCUUAAGUCUUUAUGAUGCAAUUUAGAGGUAGUUUUUCAUCCAUCCUGUUCACCUUCAAUUCAUUUUUCAACAGGGGAUUAAGGAACGUUGGUGUUUCUGGACAAUUGGAGAUGUACUCAGGCCAGCAAUCUGAUCAGUGUCCUAGUGCAAAUAGUGGCAGAGAAUUCUCCGAGGCAAAUCGGAAUACUGUCACAAUGCAUCAGAAGAUGGGCUAUAACAGUGGACCGUAUGGAUUUGGACCUUACAACAUGGGUUUAGAAGAAAGACCCGGGUUGUAUCAAUCUUCAUCUGGUACAUUCAGUCAGAACAUCCAAAUGAGUGAUGAGCAUAGCGGGGGUGUGAAGAAGAGGAAAGGAAUGGAUGAUUGCGUCGCGAUGUUGCAAAAUGCUGGUGAUCAACAAACAGAAGGUUCUUCUCAGCCAGAACGGAUUUCAUUGGAGGGGAACAGAAAGAUUUCGCCCAAAAUGCAAAGCAAGGAAGAUUCUUCUGAUGGUGAUGGUACUAAAGAGGAUUAUGUUCAUGUCCGGGCAAAACAAGGCCAAGCCACCAACAGCCACAGCCUUGCAGAAAGACUGAGGAGAAAAAAGAUAAGUGAGAGAAUGAAACUGCUUCAAGAUCUUGUUCCUGGAUGCAGUAAGAUCACUGGCAAGGCAGUCAUGCUUGAUGAGAUUAUCAACUAUGUGCAGUCAUUGCAACGACAGGUCGAGUUCUUGUCAAUGAAACUAGCAACUGUCAACCCAGAGCUGGGCUUUGACAUUGAGCAGAUUCUAUCCAAACAAAUGAUGCUUUCACAAGACAGACAUUUUGCUUUCUAUGGAGUGGAUCCAGGAUCAAGCAGCCUUGCUUCUCAGUUUAGCCAAGGAAUCAUGCAGCCACCAAUGAUGUGCAACAUUUCCAAUCCUGCUGAUGUUUUGCAGGGAACAAUUCAUGAUGUCUCAACAAUGAACCAGAUACCUGCAAUGUGGGAAGGACUUCAAAACCUGCCGCAUAUGAACUUCAACCCUGGUGUGGCAGCCGAUAGCAGCGCCAACAACUCUGGUUCCAUGAAGAUAGAACAGUGAGCUGCCAAUAUUGCUCCCAAAUUGUUCUGUGAAUCACUGAAUCACCGUAAAGCGCUUGCGGAAUGAAGCUUUUUUGUAUAGCUGGAGGCCUAACCAUUCAUUGCUGGUUUCCUUCUGUUGCUCCCCAUACUAUGGCUCAUCGUUUAUGGUAUGGAUGAGGAUCAUGUAUAGCAGGAGCUGAAGAAAAAUUGAUUCCACUGUAAAUUUCUGUUGAGCUUUGGCCUGUGGAAAUUCGGAUGGAAACCCAGUAUCAUCCAUGAACUCCAAGGGCAGAAGCUUGUUGGGACCAAGUGCUGAAUGCUGAUGGGCCUAAACGUAGUACUAGUAGAAUGAAAUCGUAGGUACAAAAAUGCAGAGUUUGAAGACUAAUGCAUUGUCAGAAAUUCCAUGAAACAUGCACUGUAUGCAAAUGGUUUCAUCAUGCAAUGGAAGGAAACUCAUUGUUACUUUUUUUUU